AUGGCCUCCAGACGGUCGGAGAUUUAUAUCUCUGUGUUUAUUUUACUUCUUUUCUACUUUUCUGGCAUAGAUUGUGUCACUCCCUACGCCGAUAUUGUGCAGUAUAAAGAGGAGUACACCUUGCCGGAUUUACCUUACAGUUAUGAUGCUCUUGAACCGUUCAUUGACGAAGAGACAAUGCGUGUUCACCAUUUGGGUCAUCAUGCGGCCUACACAAAGAAACUGAAUGCGGCCUUGAAAAGCUAUCGUGAAUCGGUAUGUGAAAGAGAAUAACGUGUUGUCGCAUUAUAUGUUUUGUCGAUAGUUCUUGUUGGAACGUUUAUGAUGCAGAUGAAAAUAUCCUUGUGGAGAUAGCAUUUUUAAAUGGGCCAAUCUGCAGCGCAUUUAGCCCACCCCUCCCUACUCCCCCCACCCCACCUGUAUCCACUCUCCCCUAUUAUUACAGCGCUUAAGCAAAGGGUUUUUGAGUGAUGCAGCUCAACUGGAAAUGAGUCCUUUUCCCAAAAAUAUGUCUUCUAUUGCUGAGUCGUCUGCCUCUUAUAUAAGAGACAAUAAUGUGCCUGAAAAAUGUUGGCCAAACCACUGCCCAAGCAUGCAAAAAGUCAACUUCCUGUUGAUCAAUAACUGACUGACUGAUCUGUAUCGUGCAAAAACACAUUUGUUUAAGGGACCUAUGUAUUGACGACAUCAGGGCAGUGCACAGCUGCAGGAUUGGCUUCUCAGGAGAAAACAAUAAAAAACAUCAGUAACAAUACAUGUACAUCCUAACCAAAAAUUAUUAAGAGCUUCAUGCUAUCAAAGAUCCAGUAAAGAUUAGAGGUUUUUAAAGGGCUGUAUACUGUCUGGAGAGAUAAGGGAAAGGUAGGGGGACUUUAUUUUUAAGGCACUGAAAAUUCCAGGGGAAAGGGAGGGGUAUUGGUAUCUUUGAUCAAUCAACAAUAAUGAUCACCUGUCUCUGAAGGGGAAAAAGUGUCAGCACUUUUCUCUUUUUUUUUCCCAAGGGGUAUAAUUCCUUUAAGGGGUACAAAAGAUGAAAUUGACCCAAAGAAAGGUACAUGUAAUUGUAUGAUAACAAAAAAGACAAUGCCUUGAAGCAUUAUUUGAUAUAAGGUGACCAAUCAAGACUAAGCAAACCCUCUAUUACAAUUUCCAUUUUAGAACUCAAAAUUUAAUGGAAGCCUUCCUUCCCAGAUUUUUUUUUUUUAUUUUAAUCAUGUCACAUUCUUAAACCCCUAAAAACACCUUAAAACAUCUGUCUACAAAGAUGCUAAGAUGAUACAUUUUACAUUUUUUGAUAACAUAUUAUUUUAAUAGUGCAGAGUUAACUGUUACAAAUAAAUUUUCAGGGCACUCGGUCAUCAGUAGUUUCAAAGUCCAUCAUAGGAAUGUUACAUUUUGCCAGCUUUAUACCAUAUGACUGGAGGGAAAAAAUAAAAAACAAUGGUGGAGGGUGAGUCAUUGAUAGUCUUUGUUUUAUAUUUGGAUGUUAAAAGUAGGUUUUAACCUUCUUCUAACCAGGAACAGCGGAAACUUCCAGAAUAAUAAAAAUGAGCUGUUCAUUCUUCAGUCCUGCAGGCAAGCUUUUUCUCCAUCUCCCAUGCAUGGCCAUUGCACCUUGUUUUGCUUAUGAUUCACCACUCACAUUUUCUCAAAUGAAAAGCAUGCUUGACACAAGCUUUUUUUGUGUAGUCUUGUAAUAAAGUAGGUUUCCUGGUAAACUGGGAUCAAUCAAGCCGCAAUUCUCAAUCCAUGAUCUUUGAUCUUGUACAUGUACUAAACUACUCUAGGAAACCUAGUAAUGUAUCAGUAAAAGUGCAUGAUUCGUGUUGCUGAUACACUGUCACUGAAUGUCUGGAGUUUAGUAAGUAUGACUAAUUGCUGAAAAAUUUGUUAGCCAUUGCAUAACUUUUGUAGCAGCAGGGUUAGCUCAGUUGUUGGAGCCAGGAGGGCUUGACUGCAGAGUGGGAAGUCACGAGCUCAAUUCCCAGGGCCGGACUAACUCUCUCAAAACGACCAUAUAAAGUGGUGGUCUUGUCUUCAGUAGGGAACUUACUGCAAAUGACCUAAUAGAUGCCCACUUCUAAAUAAACACCUCUUAUCUAACAAACACCCCCUCUAUGCUGUUAUUGUAUUAGAUGCCCCUCUCUAAAUGUCCCCUGUCUUAUAGGCACCCCCUAUAACAAUUACUCCAAAGUACUAAGAAAUAACAGUUUCUUACUUGAUUAACAAGGCAUUGCGUAUUUCAUCUUACUCGACGUAAAGUUCAAAGUAAGAAUAGACAAACAAUGGCUGCAACACAAUAACCCUGAACGAGGAUCCUGACAUCGACGUUGGGAUUUGAAAGAGUGAUAUUGAUCUCUAGAUGGCUUAGAUGUCUCAAUUGAUGGAGUGAAUAUUCCUCUAUUUUAAAACUCUUUUGAUGUUUUUGCUGAAAGCAUAUUAGUUUGUUGAGCCCGUUACAGUUAUCAGAAUCAAUGCCUGUCUCUUUUAACGCGUCCUAUCUAUUAAACACCCCAGCUUGGACCCGUUAAAUUAAAUAGACACCCCAGACAUUUAUUACAUCAUUUACAGUAAAUAUGGUCACUUGUAGUGCCCUCAAUACCUUAAGACUAAGAAUUUAAUACAUUGGCACUCAAUUAGUGCAAUUUAACGGUAACAAUCUUGCAUGUUUCUGUGUCAGUUUGUGCUUAUUUGUGUAUUUAUGAGCUUCAGUGCCAAAUUAGUUGAAGUUGCUAAGUGCUUUUCUUCUCCUGUAUAAGCAGAUUCCAGCUGCAAGUUAAGCAACAAUACUAGUUACAGUAGGUUUGUUUGGGCCACAGGAGGGCAUGGGUCAGGAGGAUAGCUUAACCAAGCAGCUACUUGCAAAUUAAUGAUGUCACUUUUUCUGAGGUGUCUGUCUUAUAGAGGUGUCCAUUAUUAGCGAGUUAACUGACUGUAUAUUAUUUGUUUCUUUUAAGGUAUGUUAAUCAUGCUUUAUAUUGGUCAAUCAUGUCUCCAAACCCAAAUAAUGAAGAGAGAAGACCCGCUGGCAGAUUGGCCCAGCUGAUUGACGAGACUUUUGGCAGUUUCUCUAACUUUCAGCAAUCUUUUGAGAAUAAUGCUCUUAACAUUUUUGGGUCAGGUUACACAUGGCUAUGCUUUGACAGAGAACAUGAGGGCCUUAAAAUCCUUGGCACAUCAAAUCAAGACAGCCCUUUUAUGAUGGAAGGGCGGUACCCCAUCCUGGUGAUUGAUGUCUGGGAACAUGCCUAUUAUCUGAAACACCAAAAUCGCAGAGCACAGUAUGUGCAGGGAUUUUGGAAGGUCAUAAACUGGGAUGCUGUGAGCCAACUGCUGGAAUUUUGGCCAAAACAAGCAAGGCAUGAUGAGCUGUGAAUGUCACUGUGAUGGUUAAUGUUUUAUUCAGAAACCAGCAGCCAUGCUUUGAACUGUUUUGAUGAUAGUCCUAAAAUGUAAAAGCUAUGUCAACAGUACCCCGCGUGGCAAACAUUGAAAGGGGGGGGGGGGAGAAAGAAGGGAGGGGAACCUUUGGUGGCCAGGGUCCUGUCUCUCCAAAUUUCCAGUAAUUAGCAGGCUUUGAACGCUUUUAUACAUUUUUUUUGAUCGAGAUUUCAAUAGUUUUGUAGAUAAUAAUAAAGCUAUAAGUUUACAAAACAAAAUGGACUAUUUUAAUUGCUAGGUCCCAUGCUUUAAUUCGUUAGAUUUUGACUUACAUAAUUUUGGCGAAACAGGGAAGGGCUUGAGUAUUUGAUAUGUUCCUUUAGUUUAUUAUGUUUUAUUCCAAAAACCAAAAGCAAGUUUUUAAGUUUUUUGAGUGUUUGCCUGAAAAGGAAAAAGAUUGUCAAAAGGUCCCCGCCGGGCAAAAAUGUAAAGGGGGGGGGGGGAGAAAGAAGGGAGGGGAACCUUUGGUGGCCAGGGUCCUGUCUCUCCAAAUUUCCAGUAAUUAGCAGGCUUGGAACGCUUUUAUACAUUUUUUAUGAUCGAGAUUUCAAUAGUUUUGUAGAUAAUAAUAAAGCUAUAAGUUUACAAAACAAAAUGGACUAUUUUAAUUGCUAGGUCCCAUGCUUUAAUUCGUUAGAUUUUGACUUACAUAUAUGACUUCGAGCCCCAAAAGUUACAGGUACGUUCGAGAAACGGAUCCCUUGGGUCAAUUGAAUGGAUCUGUUGUUCUCUGACCGUAUCAGCGCUUUGAAAAAAAAUGUGUGAAUACAUUCCUAUAUUUGUAACCGCAGUGUUUGUGCUUUAUUACAAUCGAUUAGUAAGUGUAAUUUACGAGUUUAGCUGUUGUUUUCAAGCUCUAAAACAAUGGCUACACUUGCAAGUCACACAUUUGGAAUACAAAAGUGCUUUUAGACCCUGUUUACAUGGAGUGGGGGACCCCGGUUUAGUGGGGUAGGUUUCUUUUGUUUUGUGUCCCCCAGAGCGUGAAAACAAAAGAAACCAACCCCACUAGACUGGGGUCCCCCACUCCAUGUAAACAGGCCCUUAAAGCUCACACAGUCUUGCAGCGUUUUGUAGAACACGUUCUUGAAUUGUGGAAGGAAUCCCUCCAAGGUCCCUGGAGAUGAAAUUCUCGUUCAGAAAAGAAAAAAGGCCAAUGGUUAAAGUGAAGUUAACAACUUGAGUUAACUUGCAAAAAAUGCGCGAUAGACGUGAAAAGUUAAGACGGACAUUUAUAUGAGGAUAUUUCAAAAGAACCAGUUUUCCCCCGGUGCCUAACUGAAGUCCAGGGGCCAGUUUCUCGAAAGUCCCGAUAAUAAACGGGCUGUUCCCAGGGUCUCUCUCCUACCCGUGCUCUCUCGCUCCGUAGGAACGGGUAGGAGAGAACCCUGGGAACGAGGUUGGCCAUAAAGCUGCUGUUGUUUACUUUCAAAAUAGACAAUAACAGUAUAAAACUAUCAAUCAACAGAAUCAAAUGGACUGGAUUAUUAGAGAGAUUAAGAUUCACGUUUACGCGCCAAACGGCAAACGUCAGAUUCAUGUUGAGAUUGUCUCAGAAUAGAAAAUAAGCAGAUAAAAACUGUCCAGAACAAUUAGUAUGGAAAAAACUGGCGUGAAGCUACUUAUUUUUUGGUAGAAGUAGUAAAAAGUAAACGAAAAUUACGGGGAAAACCUGGUCACGUGGUACAAAUUCACGUUUGCCGUUUGGCGUAAAAGUGAAUCUUAAUCUCUCUAUUGACUAGCUAGGGCCCGCGCUUUUAUUCUCAAGGAGCUCGCACCAGUAGUUUAAAAGGUAGAUAGUGCUAUCCGCCGGAUAAAUCAUUAUCCACUGGAUAGCACCAUUGGUUUCCCUAAUACUCGUCCACUGGAAUAGUUAUUUAUCCGGUGGAUAGCGAUACCCCACGUUUGAACAACUGUGACCAGAUUUUGAUUUGAAUAUUUAGCUCAGGGCCCGAAAAGUAACUGGGACUUUUAAGAAAAUGGCCCGGUUGCAUAAAGAAAUUUCCGCUUAAUUUACGUUCUUCUCAUUUUUCUGAAGAAUUUUCUCUUGCUCACUUUGUGUUUGUUAUUUUUCGUUUAUCCGUCCUGUUCCGAGUUACCCGUUUAUAAUACAAGAGACUUCCUUGAAACGAAGGAAUUCGAAAUGCUGCAGAAAAUUCAUUUGCAAUGACUUAAUCUGUGAAAGGUUUGAACCCAGGAGUCAUUUCAAAAGGUUGAGUUUGAUCGUCCGAGUGAACGUAGUCCUGAAUAGGACUGUUGUUGUUGACAGUGACGGACGUUUCGACGACCUGUGCGGUAGUCAUCUUCAGAGUCAAUCUGAAGUCAGCGGUAGUCAUCUUCAGAGUUAAUCUUGAGUCUCUUUAUCAGCCGAGAACUCCAAUUCUUUUUAUUCCAUUUUUAAGUUUUGCUCAUCUGCAGGGCCGACUG